AUGAAAGUUCACUGCUGUAACAUAUUAUUAUUUUCUCUUAUAUUAAAUACAUUGUUAUUAUCAUCAUCACAGGUAAAUGUCCAUAGGAAGCAUUACAGCAUUGCACUUCAUACAUCAAAAACACCAAAACUAAUAAAAUCAAAUAGAUCAUUAUGCGAAUGCGACAUAUAUAAGCCUAAUUAUGACGACCCGGAAAUGAAAAAUCUAAUGGAAAAUUUCAAUAAACAGACACAACAAAGAUUUCACGAGUACGACGAACAUAUAAACGACAAACGUCAAAAAUGUAAAGAACAACGUGAAAAGGAUAUAAAAAAUAUUAUAUUAAAAGAUAAAAUAGAAAAGGAAUUAACAGAAAAGUUGUCAGCAUUACAAACUGAUAUACAAAGCGAUGCUAUUCCAACAUGUGUUUGCGAAAAGUCGUUAGCAGAUAAAGUGGAAAAAGGUUGUUUGCGAUGUGGAAGUAUAUUAGGUAGUGCGAUGCCUGAAUUGGGUUCGAUAGGUGGAAGUCUUUUAUAUGCUCUAAGUAAGUGGCAAACUACAGAAAUUGCUACUGCUAUUGCAGCAGCUCAAAAAGCAGGUAUAGAUGCCGCUACGCAAGCUGGUAUUGAAGCUGUCAAAUUUGAAAUUAGAAAACUGCUUGUCGCUUCUCCUAAUGAUCCAGGAUUAGUUGAUUUGACAAAAAUUGUUACUCCAUCAACAUAUAAUAAUGGUGCUAUUCUACAUAAAAGUGCUAUAAAAUUAGCUAAUACUUCCUGUGAUUUUGAAGGAACUGCAAAAAAUACCUCAUUUUGUAGUACGAUACUGCGUGGUAAGGAUACUAAUUUUCGUCUUUACGCGGAAACUGGUGUUAAAGUUUAUAAUGAAACAUUACCAACCAAAACAGCAGCAUUUGAAACAAAAUACAUAGAUGGGGUAAACACUGCAUAUGGAGGUUACCAAACUAGUAUUAUUGCUUCCAUCGUUGCAAUAGUAGUUAUAGUUUUAAUCAUGAUAAUUAUUUAUUUGAUUUUACGUUAUCGACGAAAAAAAAAAAUGAAGAAAAAACUCCAAUACAUAAAACUAUUAGAAGAAUAG